UGCUGGACAUUCCAAUUUAAAAACUGCAGAGGAAAGUUGACGAGAAAUGUGGAGAUUAAUUUUCCUUUUAAGUAGUACGGUGAUAGCCGGGGAAUCGGGUCCAGAGAUCGAAUAUCCUGAAACUCCGAUAGAAUACUCGCCUUUGCCCCAGGAAGAAGAUGCACCGUCUCUUCUUCCUGGUAUGCUUUACCCACGGGAAAGUGAAUCGCGAGAGGUAAAAUCUCUAGAUGGUAUGUGGGACUUCCUCGUAUCGCCAUCAGGAGACACGCUGAAGGGUUAUAGGGAGGCAUGGUAUGCCAACGAGCUAUCAAAGGUAGGAAAAGUGAUGCAAAUGCCUGUUCCUUCAUCAUACAACGACAUCACAACCUCCAGAGAACUAAGAGAUCACGUUGGGGCUGUGUGGUAUCAACGAACCUUUUUCGUGCCCUCUUCUUGGCGAGAGCAGAGAGUUUUUAUUAGAUUUGGAUCCGUCAAUUAUCUCGCUCAAGUAUGGGUAAACGAUGGGUUAGUAACCAAUCAUGAGAUGGGUCAUCUUCCAUUCGAAGCUGAGAUAUCUUCCUAUUUGGUUUACGGCGGUAAAAAUCGCAUAACCGUUGCUGUCGACAAUACUCUGCUUCAAACCAGCGUGCCACAAGGAAAAAUUGUCGAUACUGCUGUCGACAAUGGAUCAGUACACACGCAGACCUACACUUUUGAUUUCUUCAACUACGCCGGUAUACACAGGCCUGUGUUGCUACAUACAAAACCACGUUUCUAUAUCGAAGAUGUAACUGUAAGGACAGGUCUAAUCGGUGAUAUUGGUAUCAUAACGUACGUCGUUCAACCAGCCGGCUUACAGGAACGUGAAAUUCCUAUGUGUAGGGUGAGCCUACUUGAUGCAGAGGAUAAAUUAGCCAUAAGGGAACCUGUUUACAGAUUUUCUGAUACAUUGAAAGUACCAUAUCCUAAUCUCUGGUGGCCUAGAGGCAUGAAUUCUAAUCCUGGAUAUCUCUACACCUUAGAGGUCUCAUUGUCUGUAGUAAACGAUAGCAAAGUAGACGUCUAUAGGCUUCCAAUUGGCAUUAGAACAUUGUCCUGGUCAAAUAGCAGUUUGUUACUUAAUGAUAAGCCUGUGUACAUGCGAGGAUUCGGCAGGCAUGAGGAUUCGAUCCUAAGAGGACGUGGACUAGAUUUGGUCACCGUUGCCAGGGACCAUGAAUUGCUACAGUGGAUCGGCGCGAAUGCUUACAGAACUAGCCAUUAUCCUUACAGCGAUGAAGUACUCGAUGUGGCUGACCGGUUAGGCUUUCUCAUUAUUGACGAAUGUCCAUCGGUAGACACCGAGAAUUUCUCUCCGAUCCUUCUCUCCCGUCACAAGGAGUCCCUGUCAGAACUAAUAAGACGAGAUAAAAAUCGGCCAUCGGUAAUUAUGUGGUCCAUCGCUAAUGAACCCAGAACGCAACUUCAAGCAGCUGGUGAAUACUUUAAACAAGUUGCUCAUCACACAAAAGCACUCGAUCCUACCAGGCCAAUUACUAUUGCCAUGGCUCGAGCAGUUCAGGAAGAUAAAGCUGGUGAAUACCUUGAUGUGAUUAGCUUUAAUCGUUAUAACGCUUGGUACAUUAACCCAGGUCGAAUCGAUACAAUAACGAACAGAGUUAUAGCAGAAGCUGAAGCAUGGUAUAGGAAAUAUAAUAAGCCUGUGCUUAUGUCCGAGUACGGAGCUGAUACUAUGCCCGGAUUACACGAGCUACCUGAAUAUGUAUGGAGUGAAGAAUAUCAAAAAGAAGUACUAUCCAAACAUUUUGAAGCAUUUGACAGAUUAAGAAACGAGGGAUUUUUUAUUGGUGAAUUUAUUUGGAAUUUUGCCGAUUUCCGUACUGCUCAAACGUACAUCAGAGUCGGUGGCAAUAAAAAGGGUGUAUUUACAAGAGAUAGACAGCCAAAAAUGGCGGCUUAUCAUGUUAGAAAGAGGUAUCAUUCCCUUCAAAAGGAACUGGAUGGAAUGGAAGUACCGACAGAUCUCGAAGACUACGUUUCACUCCAUUAUUCUCUCCGUUCAAGAUUUUAAUAUCA